CCAGCUACCAUUCUCAGUUUUCUUGAAUCCCAACUUCAGGAGUUAGAUGGUAAUGAUGCGAGACUUGCAGAUUACUUUGACGUGAUUGCUGGAACGAGCACUGGUGGUCUUGUGACGGCCAUGCUAACUGCUCCUGACGAAAAUGAUCGUCCACUUUAUGCUGCCAAAGAUAUUACACCAUUCUACUUAGAACACUGUCCAAAGAUCUUUCCACAAAAGAAAUGCGGUUUGUUUGCUCCAAUUGGGAACAUGGUGCAAGCUAUAAUAGGACCAAAAUACGAUGGAAAAUACCUGCAUGAAGUCGUCAAGGAGAAGUUGAAAGAUACUCGUCUUAGCAAUACGAUUACUAACGUUGUCAUUCCCACUUUUGAUAUCAAGAAAUUGCAGCCAACCAUCUUCUCCACUUAUGAGACGAAACGUUCGGCAUGUUAUGAUGCAAAACUGUCUGAUAUUUGUAUCAGUACAUCAGCAGCUCCUACUUAUCUUCCUGCUCAUUAUUUUAAAGUUGAGGAUACC